GAGAGAGAGAGAGAGAGGGAGAGAGAGAGAAUCUCCCUGCUUUGUUAUAAAUUGGAAGUCUCGCAAGGGACCCUGCCGAUUUUAUCAGUCUAAUAUGAUUAGUUAAUUGUGCAAAAGGUUAAUCAGAGCGACUCAUGCCCGAGGGAUCCAUCUGUGAGGGGUUUCUUUCCAGUAAUUGAUGAAACCGGUUCCCGUGGCUUCCUUCCUUGAAGGAUCCUUCCGUAGGGGGUUAGUCCGCUUGAUGAGGGAAAACUCAAUCCAGUUAUGGUUUUCUUGCACUUAGCGCUGAGGGUUUGUUUUGUUUUGCUUUUCUUGUUGUUUCACUUUUUGUUUUUCAGCGCCCAGGAAGGGGGAGGUGAAGUCCAGCAGAAAACGUGUCGGUUUUCUUUUCCUUUCCAUUCUGUGAGUUGCCCGGCUGUCUUAGGAAAACUGCCUUCUCGUUUGAGGGAUCCUGUCUGGGGAAUGUGUGAGUCCCUGGAUAAAUUUGGCUUGGUGACGGCAGCGUGCUCGCUCCAGAGAGACUGUCACUUCCUCCUUGCUCCUUCUCUACCCUGACCUGAGUUUCUCCCUGCCAACCCGGUGACAAGUCUGAAGAUUUGCCCUUUCCAUACGCUUCUCUUACUGGGCUCCCUUUCCAUUCAUGUCCCUCUCAUGAGGAACUGAGGCCAAGGUGUCCUUAAUCCUCCAUGGCUAUAACAGAAAUGGGGACCCGAGGAGCAGGCCUCUCUAUAAAAUGGGCUUAGAACCCACUGCGUUCUUCUCUGUGUGGCCACUGGCAGAAUUUCUGGAAGUUGCUGCAGGGAUUCCAAGCAGUCUCCAUGGAGCUCCAUCCCCUGCCUAAGAGGAACAGGCCAGAGGACCUGUGCAAUGGUAUGGACUGGACUUCAGGAGAGACUCUUGGUGACCAGGCAGAGGAGGCGGCCAUCACAGCUGUCCUUUGCACUCAGAAAAUCUCCGCAUCCACACCAAGAGCAGCUGUAGAGGAAGUGUCUAGUCUUAGUCUGCCUCCAGCGCCCCCAACCUCCUUGCUCCAUGACAAUGCUAUUCAGCCAAGCUUUUCCCCACCAGGACCUCCUGGCUCAGGAAACAACCAAGUCACAGCAGAUCCAGAUCGUAAAGUCUGCAACUGUUGCAGCCAGGAACUAGAAACUUCUUUCACUUAUGUGGAUGAGAAUGUCAACAUAGAACAGAGAAGUCAGAGGUCCCCAACAGCAAAGGACGGUAAUCACCCUGGAGAUCUCGGCUGGGGAAACCCCAACGAAUGGUCCCACAAUGCUGCCAUGUCUUUGAUAUCUGAAGAGGAAGAUGACACAAGUUCAGAGGCCACAUCUUCAGGGAAGUCCAUAGACUAUGGUUUCAUCAGUGCCAUCUUGUUCUUGGUCACGGGGAUCUUGCUGGUGAUCAUUUCUUAUGUUGUCCCUCGGGAGGUGACAGUGGAUCCCAAUACAGUGGCAGCCCGGGAGAUGGAGCGUCUAGAGAAAGAGAGUGCAAGGCUAGGUGCACACCUGGACCGCUGUGUGAUCGCUGGGCUCUGCCUCCUCACCCUCGGGGGAGUUGUUCUCUCCUGCUUGCUAAUGAUGUCUAUGUGGAAGGGGGAGCUCUAUCGUCGGAACAGAUUUGCCUCUUCCAAAGAGUCUGCAAAACUCUAUGGUUCUUUCAACUUCAGGAUGAAAACCAGCACUAAUGAAAACACCCUGGAGCUGUCCUUGGUGGAGGAAGAGGCCCUUACUGUACAGAGUUAAUUCUAAUAGUCUUAUGAGACAGCCAUGCAUUUGAUGUGAAAAAAUUAACAGUGUCUUAUUUGUUUGGCAAGAUGAGUUUUCUUUUGUUGUUGUUGUUGUUUUUUUCUGCAUCCCAAACUCAGCCCGUGUAUUGUUUCCACAAAUCUUUUAUUAAGAAAGCCUGUGAAAGAUGUAAAAGAAACCAUGGCCAUCUAUUCCUAACUUACAGAAAACUGAAAACAAAUUCCCCUGUAAUGGUCAUGACUUUCUAUUUCCAUAGCAAGAUACUUCCACUGUGUUUUCUUUGACAUAAACAUGGAUGUUAUUGUUGGGCACUAGAAGGGCUCCUGAAUAAUACAACCACGUGGCAAUCUAUUCUCUGAAACACAAGCACUAAUUAAAUAAUAAGUCCUAUGUUUAAUUCCCAAGGUGCUUUUCCAUUUUCUUGCUAAAAUUUUAUUCCUGGCUAAACACCAAAAUGUGGACUGUGUGAGUGUGAAUGUUUUGAAACUUAUGGAUGAUGGUUAUUUUUUAAAAGCUAUAAAAUAAUAUAUUUUAAGUUAUUGCUAUAUUUAGAAGUGGCAACUGUGUCAUUAAUAUGGAUCUUAUCAUAAAGAAAAUGAUAUAAAUCAUCUUCAGACCUCUGUGAGCUUUAACCCCUGUGUUUAACAAGGUGUUUUUCUUAAGCCUUUUCUCCCAAUGAAGUAGAAUAGUUGCUGAUACAUCUUUUGUUUCCUUGUGAAUUUGCCUUCAGCCUGAUGACCUGUGCCCUUGAAAACCCUUACCACUUCUCAUACAUGUGCGGUAAAGGAUUAGACUUUAAAAACAUAUCUCCUGGCAGCUGGACAACUAGACAAGCCUGAGUCAUGAAUAGGCCUGGCAUUCUCCCCAGGUGACAUUUUGUGAUGAUGGUUUGGAGAAAACCUCCAGUAUAAUUGCAGCAAGGCUCCCGGAAACUAUGUCUAGCAUAAGUCAUUACUUAAAAGAUUCCUUAAGCCUAUAGCCAAAAUCUUAUGCUGGAAAGAGAAAAUCAAACCCAUUGAUUUAGUGGGAGUUGUGUUCAUCACUAUUCCUGAUGCCCCUCAACAAGGGCUAGACAUCAUCUUGAAAAACCUCUGCUUCGGGCCCUUAAGGGCCAUGGUCCCGCCUCAUAAAGUGAAAAUGAGUAAUCUAUGGGAGGUACUGUGGGCAAGGUAGUCAGAAAACGAUGGGAAAUGCAACCCAAGAAAGAUCUUGAAUUAUACUCAUGCCCCCUGAAACGGCCCCACCCUUCCACUUAGGUGUUGCCUUAGUAAGUUCCAAAGACAAGCAGAUUCAUUCUUAAAGAGGACUGGAGCCAGGAACCGGCGUGACUGAAGGGAUGAGCUAGUGAGAAAGCGAUUUUGUUGGGCAUUCUUAAGCUCAACGGAGUCUAAUGUACACCCUUGCGUUGUUAUUGAGGGCUAUGGGUGAACCGUGUGAGUUGGUGUAUUCUUGUGAAUGAGUUCUUGUGGCUAUCAGAGCAAUUUGUUGAGUUAGCUUUAUUAAAAGGAAAACACGGUGAUGGCGGAUGAGGUAGGGACAGCAAGCAUGUCACAGAAUUCUUAGGUGAAAGUAAGAAAAGUGCCUCGCCCUGUAUAAUAAAGAGUUUGACCAUGAAGUCCUGGUUUCCUGUGCCACAAAGUACAAGCAAGAACACACAUUUUGUUUGUUGUAGCUAGUCCCUUGUGCUUUGAUUUCCUGUGACUCUCAGGCCGUCUAUGCAGAAGGCACACUCCCAGAAAAUUAAACUUUAUCCUUUGGAGGUUUAUUCACUUCUGGUUCCUAGUCUGCUUGAAGAAGGUGUUGAAAUAAGAAGGGAAUCAUCUACUUCCAUGAGUAGAUCUCACUCAUGUUGCUCAAACUGCAACAACAGAGCGUGUAAAAUAAAACUGAAGCCCAUUUAAAGCCAGGCCUGAUGAGUCAUGCAUUGAUUCUAACACUUGAGAGGCCGAAGCAAGAAGAUCAAUGUAAGGUUAAGACCAGCUUGGACAUAGUGGGUUCCCAGACAGCCUGGAAUAUAGAGUAAGACUGUCUCAAAAAAUACAAUAAACUAGUCCUGCUUAUUUA